CACAAUCUGAUAAGACUAAAAUAUUUGGUCUUAUCGGCAUUAUCGAUUAAUUUUCAUCGAAACCACCUACGAUCUACGACCUACAUUCGUUUCAAUUGUGAGCGCAACAGCUCAGCUUAGCUUUAACUUUUCUGGGUCCUGUUUUUCGAAGGUCUUCAACUGUUUAUUACCUCACAUCAUGGCGCCAAGGCGACCGGAUAAGAAGUCAAAAAAACGAGACAAGGUAGCGAUAUCUAGGGCAGCAGGCGGCGCUUCUAAACCCGUCACUCCAGAAGUUUUAGUCAAGGCGGCCGAAUACCAAUUACAAGCGGGCAACGUCCAAGAUGCCCUUACACUAGCAGAGAAAGCGCUGGAGCAAUCAUCAACCGGCUCAAAUGACGAGCUAUCCGCGCUAAACCUGCUCGGACAGAUCAAUCUCGAGGCGGGCGAAUUCGAGGCCGCGCGGGCGUACUUCCUACAGGCCGUCGCGAUCGAUGCGGACGGCGCCAAAGACGAAGCUUUUGGAGGUGGUCCGGAGAAAUUCCUGUGUCUGGCGCAGCUGAGCGAGGAGGGCGGCCAGGACAGCGUCACGUGGUUCGAGAAGGGCGCCGCGGCGCUCAGGAAGCAGAUCCAGACUCUGGAGAAUGCGCGACGGAGAACUGACGAGCAGACUAUCUUGUUAGAUGAGCUCAAGAAGAAAUUGGCUAUGACGCUGUGCUCCGUUACGGAGGUCUACAUGACGGAUCUCUCGUGGGAGGAGGACGCCGAACAGAGAUGCGAGACACUGGUUACGGAGGCGACGAUGGUGGCACCGGAUUUCGCCGAGACUUGGCAGACUUUGGCCAAUGUGCGCAUUUCCCAGGAGAGGUUCGAUGAUGCGAAGGCGGCGCUGACGAGGAGCUUGGAGCUGUGGAAAGAUUUGCCGCCUGAAGAUCCUGCGGUUCCUGACUUUCCGAGUAGAGUCGCGCUUGCGAGACUGCUUAUGGAGGUUGAGAUGGAGCAGGAGGCUAUCGAAGUCCUUGAGCGCCUGGUUAGCGAGGACGAUCAGAGCGUCGAGGUCUGGUAUCUGGGUGGUUGGGGUCUCUACGUCAUGGGCGAGAAGCAGAAGGCGGGUAAAGCGAGCGAGGAGGACUGGAAGGCGUCGUGGAUAUCGAGUCGCGUGUGGCUUAACCAGUGCCAACAUCUAUAUAAACUUCAAGACUACGAGGACGAGCGGUUAGGAGAGCACGCGCAGGAAUUACUAAGUCUUAUUGCUAAAGAACUUGGUGAGGCGCCAGCUGGCGAGGGCGAAGAUGAGGACUGGGAGGACGAGGACGAGGGAAGCGAUGAGGAGAUGAAGGACUGAGUACCUAGGUUUAUCCGCGGUGGUGAAAGAAGUAAGGAAGGAAGGAAAGGGAACGUUUGAUACUAUAGAUGGAAGAUACCACGAGAUCUAAGGAUCUUGUUCUGGCAUGGAUGGCGUUAGGAAUCCAAAAAAGGGGCGGAUGAUGCUUUCAUC